GAAUACCAAGGACUUCCUGAACGCUUCAACAGGUCCGGCUUACAUCCUACUGUACAAGUCCGUGGCCAGAUAAAGUGUUGAUAAAAAAGCUGGGCAAAUUGAAAUGAAGCAAUAUUCAACUUUCCAGGGAUUAAAAGCAAUAACAGGGUAUGAGAAGCAGGGGAACAUUUUACACACAUUCAACUCUCAAAUCUAAGAGCAUAUCUGACCUGCUCCCCAUCAAGGUCAGUCAUGAAGGACCGCUUGGAGGAGUUGCGUCAGCGGAUGAAGGCCAGCGAUAAGAUGCUGGACAACAACGCCUUCAACAAGGAGGAGGACAUGGACCCGUCCUCGCUGAUAGGCCUGCAGGCCGUGAUCUUUGAGGAGGAGCCCGUCCUGGAACACUUUCUGAAGGAGGCGCAGAACAUCCGUGACGGCAUCGAGGAGCUGAACUCUGAAGUCAAUAAGUUCGGCCAGCAGCAGAGAAACUUUAUGGCCACAAUCAGGCGCCUCAGCAUCAUGAAAAAGGAGAGUAACAUGACGCGAGACAUCAAGUUGUUGGCCGAGAGCCUGAAUAAAAAGCUAGAUGCUCUUUCCAAGCAGGCCAAGCGAACCGAGGCCGAGCUGGGCCCGGAUGACGCCACGUCCCGAAUCCAGAGGGCCCAACACGCGGCCCUUUUCCGCCAGUUCCAAAAAGUAAUGCGACAACACAAUGACGCGAUCCUGGCCAAGCAGGACAAAUGCAAGCAUUUUAUCAUCCGGCAGCUGGAGGUAUCGGGUCGCGAGGUGUCCGAAGAGGAGGUGGAUGACAUGAUCGAGCAGGGCAAGUGGGAGGUCUUCAAUGAGAACGUCUUAGUCGAUGCAAAGAUCACCCGUGCCCAGCUCUCAGAGAUAGAGCAACGCCACAAAGAGCUCCUGAACCUGGAAAGCAACAUGAAGGACCUGAGAGAUCUCUUUCUAGAUGUGUUCAUGCUGGUGGAAGAGCAAGGGCACCAGAUCGAGAACAUACAAGCCAAUGUGGAGAAGACACAAGACUAUGUAUCAGACUCAAAGGAGAAGUUCUCAAUGGCUGCCAGAUACAAGAAGAAGAGCCCUCUCAGAAGACUUUGCUGUUGCUGCUGUCCUUGUUUCAGAUAGCGGCUGGCAAAAUAAACAGCGCCAAAGUUUCUCCAAGGGAAGAAUACAAUGGCAAACAUUGACCUUUGGCUGAUGAAAACUUAAAAAGCAAAGGCACAAAGCACUUUUAGACUUUAUUUAAAAAAAGGAAGGCUCCGUAUAGUGAUGAAGACUUAGCUGGGGUGUUGACAUGCAACACAAGUGGUUAUAUAAAGAUUUCACAAGAUGUUAUUAUGUCUUGUUAUAUCACAUUAUGUAAGGUGUAGUCAAGGAUAUAUUUAUUUUGUAUUUAAUUAUUGUGGAAAAAGCCACACCAGUAUUAUAGGUCAUUUGUAUGCUUUAGAUUGAUCAAAUCUCUACCUAGCCUAGCUAACAUAGCUAUAUAAGACUAGCAAACUCGUCCUAUAAUCUUCAAACAAUACUGAAAGAUUUGUGCAAGUCAACGUCUAAAGUUGCAGUCACAUUAGAAUUGUUGAGCUAAAUAAAGUAAUCCCAAUAGGAAUGUCCACGCCAAAAAAUUUCCUCAUGCAAA